AUGAACGAGGCGAGCAGGUGAUGGCGGCUCAAAAAUGGUCAAGGGAGUAUAAUGGGUUCGGAGUGAGACUUGGUUGUCCAGAGGAGGUAUUUCGAUCGAUGUCGGUUGGUCGGUUGGUUGGUGUAGCCGAGAGAGUGUUGUGUAUGUACGUGGGUGGUGGUGGUGUAUGUGUGUGAAGAAGGCAGUCAGAUGCGACGAAAUAGUCGCGGAGAUAAAGAGGGCGAGAGAGCGAGUGAGCGGCGUCUCUCGUCUGCUUGUGCGCCGGCGGCGGCGGCCUGAAUUACAGGCAUGGCCGCCACUGUUCCCAAGUUUUGUCUCAUCUCCUCAGAGACCGAAUCCCGGCGCUCCGACGCCGGCCAAUAUGUAUCUCGUUCAACUCGCAAUCAGCCGCUCGACCUGCUUCCGUCAGUAUUUGAGUUCCAGCUGGCCUCUGUCCCAAGAAAAGACCUGA